AUGUUUUUAAUUGCAAAAAUUGUUCGAGGCCGUCGUCUUCUUCACCAAUUAGAACAACAAGAAGAAAAAGCAAAAGCAGCAGCUAAACAACACGAACAACGAGAAAAACUUUCUAGAGGCGUUAGUGGAGUUGAAAGUAUUGCGGUUGCCACAACAACAUUAAAUUGUCCAGUCAAAACUGGAACUUUAAAACAAAAUUUAAAAAUAAAAACAAAUAAUACAGAGGUUGAUGAUGAUUUGGCUGUUAUCGAAUUAGUUGAAUUUUCUCCAAAAAGUAUUAAUGGAGAUGGGGGAGGGAAUGGAGAUGUUGAUAUAAGAGAGAAAACCUCGCCAACUUCUGCUUUUAUAUUGGACAACCAACUACAGCAACAAGAUCGGCUUCAAAAACCGAAAAAGUGCGCAGUUCGUCAACGGACAGAUGCUUCGUUGCCUUCAGACGAAAUUGAAAGGAAUGAGCCAUCGCCAGCUGGAUAUGGAAGCAAAGCAGCGGCUAUGCGUCGUACGAGUUCGAUGCCUUCGAUCGUUGAAUCAGAACAACAUUUGCUUAUGCUCGCUCAUCAAAGGCAGCAACGACAACACCAAUUGUUCCAUCACAGUUCCGGCAAUUGUUGUUUGAGAAGAGGGUUUCGAGCCUCAACAAUUCGUCACUACAAUUACGAGGAUCGUUUUACAAAACUCCACAAAAGAGCUUUGCGUUUCACAUGGCAACGUUUAUUAACUAGAAAUGGAGGGAAAAGAAUCGAAACUGUAUUUGAAGAAGUAUUUGAAAGAAUGAUGCAUAAAAUUCCAAUAAUGAGAGAGAUGUUUAAUACAAGAACGUUUAUAUCUGCAAUGUCCAGAUGUGAAAUUGCUAGUCCUAGAGAUCAUGUAAGGGAAAAAAUAUGGUAG